AUGGUAAUGGAAGUGAAUAGCGAAUGGGAUGAGAUAGAAAAAGAGCUGACUCUCGAUCCUGAUAAAGCGAUCAAAACAUUAAGUGAAAUAGUACAACGUGAUAUUCGUGUGGGUGAUGAGAAUGGCAUCAAAUUGAAAGAGAAAUCAGUCUUGGCGCUCGGAUCUUUAUUGGCUAAACGCAAGCAAUCACAAGGUCUGGCUGAUCUAAUUACUGCUACUCGACCUUUUCUGAGUGUUGUAUCCAAAGCCAAAGCUGCUAGAUUAGUCAAAGAACUUGUGGAUCUAUUCCUAUCAAUAAAAGCAUCAACCACAGCUGAGAUUCAGCUAUGUCUUGAUUGUAUCGAGUGGGCAAAAAAUGAGAAAAGAUCUUAUCUACGCCAAGCACUAGAGUCACGCCUGAUUGGAUUAUACUAUGAGAAUUCUAAUUACGUAGAAUCUCUGUCUCUAAGUUCUAAGCUGCUCAAAGAACUGAAAAAACUAGACGAUAAAGAAUUGCUUGUAGAGGUUCAACUUAUCGAAAGUAAGGUAUACCAUGCUGUUAAAAAUAUCCCUAAAGCUCGAGCUGCUCUGACUGCAGCUAGGACGACGGCUAAUACCAUUUACUGCCCUCCAAAAUUACAAGCUUCUUUAGAUUUGCAGUCCGGUAUUCUGCAUGCUGAAGAAAAAGAUUUUAAAACAUCAUUUUCUUAUUUUUAUGAAGCUUUCGAGGGUUAUGAUUCUAUCGAUGAUUCAACUGCAAAAUUGGCUCUCAAAUAUAUGCUGUUAUGUAAAAUUAUGGUCAAUAGUCCGGAUGAUGUUAAGUCAAUUAUUAGUGGAAAAUUGGCUCUUCGCUAUGCCGGCGUUGAGCUUGAGGCCAUGAAAAGCAUUGCCACGGCAGGUCAUAAUAGAUCCCUUUCAGAGCUUGAAGAGGCUACUAAAAAAUAUAAACAGGAACUUACUGAAGAUCCCAUAAUUCAGUCUCACCUUGAUGCCCUUUAUGACAAUUUGUUGGAGCAAAAUUUAUUACGUAUUAUCGAACCUUAUUCAAGAGUUGAGGUCGAACAUGUAGCCUCAAUUAUCAAAUUAUCUCUGAAUGUUGUCGAGCGGAAGUUAUCCCAAAUGAUUUUAGACAAGAAAUUUUACGGCAUAAUGGAUCAAAGCUGCGGAGUUUUAACAAUUUACGAAGAACCACAAGUAGAUCAGUCCUUUGAAGCUGCUUUAGAAACGAUUAGCAAUAUGGGCAAGGUGGUAGACGCUCUGUAUGAAAAAGCGAAGAAACUUCUAUAA